AUAACUUCUAUGGAGGGAACAUUUAGUGAUCAACAAGGAGAGACAAGUAUAGGUCUCAUUUAUAUGGAGAUGGAGAGAAAGAGACUCAGUGGAGGUUUGGUUCUCCUCCCAAGUAUGAUGUUGUAAACAAGCUCUUCGAGCAAGGAAGAACAAAGGAAUGGCCCAAGGGAUCAUUAGAAGAGAUGGUGCAGAAUGCCAUAAAGACAUGGGAGAUGGAACUCUCUCACAAGACCCGCAUUCAGGACUUCAAGGCUAUCAAUCCUGAAAAUUUUCGUUUUCUCGUUAAUGGAAGAAAAGGGUUAUCAGGAGAGGAGACCCUGAAGCUAGGGAGUUACAACGCGCUACUACAGAGCUCGCUGCCGGAAGAGCUGCAGUGCUACAAGGUGGACAAGGAAACAUUCGAGACGUCGCACGAGGUUUUCCACACGGCAUUCCCUCGGGGGUUCGCGUGGGAGGUGCUGAGGGCGUACACGAGGCUGCCGGAGAUCGUCUUCAAGUUCCGGCACUGGGGGUACAUGGAAGGACCUUACAAGGGCCGUGCACCCACCGGAGAGAUGGUUGAGUUCACCGGUCUCUGUGUUAUGAAGGUAGAUGAUAGCUUGAAAGCUGAGGACGUGGAAGUUUACUAUGAUCCAGGACAGUUGUUUGGUGGCCUUCUCAAGGGCCCCUUGCUCCCCUCUAGCGCCACCGUCGAGGAGGCUGUAGCCGCAGCUUUGUCGCUGGAUGCAUGUCCCUCCUUCAAGGAGAAGUGAUAUAUGCUUUCUGAAUUUGAAUUUGCUUGGAGAACGAAUCUAGUAGUUUUCUCGUUAAUAAAUGGAUGGAUGUUUGAUGCAAGUUUUCUGAUACUUAUUAUUUCCAAUGAAUGUAUGAAUCAAGUCUUUAUGAAAAAAUGGACAUACGAAUA